AUGCCAGCCGAGCAAACUUUAAACCUGGAUAAAUAUCCGACAGACACCAAAUUGUUGCUCUGCCAGCUAGUUUAUGAUGCAAAAGAAGGCAAUACUUGGGAGGACAUCCUCGACCGCUUCAUCAAUCACCCCAUCAUAACACGACUACAUGGCACCAGCAUAAUGGAAUUUGCUAAUAUUAAAGCAGAUGACCUUUCAACCCUCGUGAUAGGCAUUAUCAAUGACACAGUCUCAAAAGUGAAGGCUGCAGACACUUCUGGCACUACCGUAAAACAGCCGAGGGGAAGACGAUCGCAAAGAAAUAGUCACGAUGAGAAGCUGAUUGAAGAGUCAGUUGUCGGGCUUGAGUUCUUCCAGCUAUGCGAUCAUCAGGGACGUGAACUUCUUAUUUUGUGUUGUGGAAAAUUACACAAAUUGUGUGUUGCAGAGAUCAAAAGAAAGCUCAGCAACAACCGGAAGGAGUUCAGCCAGCUGAUGAGCCAGCUGACGUAA